UGGGACAUGAAAGAACCCGACUUUAUGUUGUUAUACAAAUACGCGGUACGUGUUUGUCUACAAAUUGACACUGCUAUCUUUCCCCAUAACGGAGCGGCGUAUCGUCCAUCAUGAACUCGAUCCUCCACUGCUCUCCAUGUCAGCCACAUUUAACAUGCAGUUUCUCGCACCCCUCCUCGCCCUCACUAUGAGUAUUCUGUCCCUCGCGCUUCCAACCCAGCAAACUACCGAAAUCUUAUCACACCAAAGUGGCUCGCUUCCUCUCGUCGUCACCGACCUCGUAAUUUUCCAAUCCAAUCCAGACAUCAACCUCAUGUCCUUCAUCUCCUUCCAUUACUCCGACCCCGAACCAUCCCGCAACCACACCAUCUCAGGCAACUGCACUUACGCGGUAAACGGCAACACCUCGCUCUACAUGGACUGGUACGAAUUCUGCGAUUCGUCGGGGGAAUACGGCUUCUGGUACCAGGAGAACCAGAUUCUCCUGACGCGGUCGUGGUGGAAUUGGGGCAAGUUCCCUACAUAUAUCACUGGCUUUGCACCGAGUGCUACCAAUUGGACUGCUGAUAACACGACUAUCUCUCCAGUUGGGGUAGUCCAUUCGCGGACGGAGCCGUGGUUUAUUCCGAUUACGAGUGUUAUUGCAUGAAUCUUCGCGGUUUCUUUGGUCAGUUGUGGUGUACUUUUUCCCGUAAAGCUUGAGCUGUGGCUGUAUAGGCAUGAGUCACAAGAGCCGCUGAGUCGCCUCAGCUUCUUUGGUCCUAUCUAAGAGCUGCUGAGGUGGAUUCUUGAUUGCAUUCGACUUGAGGGGCGAAACCUGUAAAAGAGGUCGUGCACGUGACCGGAAAGGUCACAGAGUCACGUA